GCCAGGCGACCCGAGAUGUUGUCGGGGAAGAAGGCAGCAGCCGCGGCGGCGGCGGCGGCGGCGGCUGCGGCUGCGGCCGCGGGGACAGAGGCUGGCUCCGGGGCGGCGGGCGGUACCGAGAACGGCUCGGAGGUGGCCGCCCCGCCCGCGGGCCUGUCGGGCCCUGCCGAGGCCGGGCCGGGGGCGGCCGGUGAGCGCACCCCCCGCAAAAAGGAGCCUCCGCGGGCCUCGCCCCCCGGGGGCCUGGCCGAGCCGCCGGGGUCCGCCGGGCCUCAGGCCGGGCCUACCGUCGUGCCUGGGUCUGCGACACCCAUGGAAACGGGAAUAGCGGAGACUCCGGAGGGGCGACGCACCAGCCGACGCAAGCGGGCGAAGGUAGAGUACAGAGAAAUGGAUGAAAGCUUGGCCAACCUCUCAGAAGAUGAGUAUUACUCAGAAGAAGAGAGAAAUGCUAAAGCAGAGAAAGAAAAGAAGCUUCCGCCACCACCCCCUCAAGCACCACCUGAGGAAGAAAAUGAAAGUGAGCCUGAAGAACCAUCUGGGCAAGCAGGAGGACUUCAAGACGACAGUUCUGGAGGGUAUGGAGACGGCCAAGCAUCAGGUGUGGAGGGUGCGGCUUUCCAGAGCAGACUUCCCCAUGAUCGGAUGACUUCUCAGGAGGCAGCCUGUUUUCCUGAUAUCAUCAGUGGGCCACAGCAGACCCAGAAGGUUUUUCUGUUCAUCAGGAACCGCACAUUGCAGUUGUGGCUGGAUAAUCCAAAGAUUCAGCUGACCUUCGAGGCUGCUCUCCAGCAGUUAGAGGCGCCGUGUAACGGUGAUACCGUGCUUGUCCACCGAGUUCACAGUUAUUUAGAGCGUCAUGGUCUUAUCAACUUCGGCAUUUAUAAGAGGAUAAAACCCCUACCAACUAAAAAGACAGGAAAGGUAAUUAUCAUAGGCUCUGGGGUCUCAGGCUUGGCAGCAGCUCGUCAAUUACAGAGUUUCGGAAUGGAUGUUACCCUUCUGGAAGCCAGGGAUCGUGUGGGUGGACGAGUUGCCACAUUUCGCAAAGGGAACUAUGUAGCUGAUCUGGGAGCCAUGGUAGUAACAGGUCUUGGAGGGAACCCCAUGGCUGUGGUCAGCAAACAAGUGAAUAUGGAGCUGGCCAAGAUCAAGCAGAAAUGCCCACUUUAUGAAGCCAACGGACAAGCUGUUCCUAAAGAGAAAGAUGAAAUGGUAGAGCAAGAGUUUAACCGGUUGCUAGAAGCUACAUCUUACCUUAGUCAUCAACUAGACUUCAAUGUCCUCAAUAAUAAGCCUGUGUCCCUUGGCCAGGCAUUGGAAGUUGUCAUUCAGUUACAAGAAAAGCACGUCAAAGAUGAGCAGAUUGAACAUUGGAAGAAGAUAGUGAAAACUCAGGAGGAAUUGAAAGAACUUCUUAAUAAGAUGGUAAAUUUGAAAGAGAAAAUUAAAGAACUCCAUCAGCAGUACAAAGAAGCAUCCGAAGUGAAGCCACCCAGAGAUAUCACUGCCGAGUUCUUAGUGAAGAGCAAGCACAGGGAUCUGACUGCCCUCUGCAAGGAAUAUGAUGAAUUGGCUGAAACACAAGGAAAGCUCGAAGAAAAACUUCAAGAACUGGAAGCCAAUCCCCCAAGUGAUGUGUAUUUAUCGUCAAGAGACAGACAAAUACUUGAUUGGCAUUUCGCAAAUCUAGAAUUUGCUAAUGCCACACCUCUGUCUACCCUUUCCCUUAAACAUUGGGAUCAGGACGACGACUUUGAGUUUACUGGCAGCCACCUGACAGUGAGGAAUGGCUACUCCUGUGUGCCUGUGGCCUUAGCAGAAGGCCUAGACAUUAAAUUGAACACAGCGGUUCGGCAGGUUCGCUACACAGCUUCAGGAUGCGAAGUGAUAGCUGUGAAUACCCGCUCCACAAGUCAAACGUUUAUUUACAAAUGCGAUGCAGUUCUCUGUACCCUUCCCUUGGGCGUGUUGAAGCAGCAGCCACCAGCCGUUCAGUUUGUGCCUCCUCUUCCUGAGUGGAAAACAUCUGCAGUCCAGAGGAUGGGAUUUGGCAACCUGAACAAGGUGGUGCUGUGCUUUGACCGAGUUUUCUGGGACCCAAGCGUCAAUUUGUUCGGGCACGUGGGCAGCACAACCGCCAGCAGGGGCGAGCUCUUCCUCUUCUGGAACCUCUAUAAAGCUCCGAUACUGUUGGCAUUGGUGGCAGGAGAAGCUGCUGGCAUCAUGGAAAACAUAAGCGAUGAUGUGAUCGUUGGCCGAUGCUUGGCCAUUCUCAAAGGGAUCUUUGGCAGCAGUGCAGUGCCCCAGCCCAAGGAGACUGUGGUGUCUCGCUGGCGUGCUGAUCCCUGGGCCCGGGGCUCCUAUUCCUACGUAGCUGCAGGAUCGUCUGGAAAUGACUAUGAUUUAAUGGCUCAGCCAAUCACUCCUGGCCCCUCAAUUCCAGGUGCCCCACAGCCAAUUCCACGACUCUUCUUUGCGGGAGAACAUACAAUCCGUAACUACCCAGCCACAGUCCAUGGUGCUCUGCUGAGUGGGCUGCGAGAAGCAGGAAGGAUUGCAGACCAGUUCCUGGGGGCCAUGUACACCCUGCCUCGCCAGGCCACACCAGGCGUCCCUGCACAGCAGUCCCCGAGCAUGUGAGACAGGCACCUUCUAAGGAAGAGGCCAGUGUGCGUUUUACUGCAGUAAGCAAAGCUUUCUAGCGAUACUAGAUUCUACUGAGAAACUGGCCCUGGACCUGGGCGCACAAUCAGCUUCCGGCUCACUGUGGUCAGAUGGCCAGGGUUGCUUCCUUUGAGUGACCUGGAGUAUAGGGAGGGACUUAUCCAUUAGUCUGGAAUUCUGUGUCCUUCGUAAAGCCUGAGGCAAACAAGCACUGUGGAGUAAUAUCUUAGUCUCUUGGUGUGACUUUUUUUUUUUUUUUUUAUAUUUUGAGAAUAAAACUUCAUAUAAAAUUAGUCAUCUUUUUUUGUUUGUCCUUUGGGUUGGAGUUGUGUAUUAAAUAUAGGGUGUUACUCCUCUGGAAAUGCCAGUUUUUCCUAUAGUGAUGGUGAUCAUAUAAAGGAGACCAGUGGUUUGGUCGUGUCUAAAGAUACGGUUGAGGGGGCCCCAGAGAAGUGAUGGGCUUGCUGAUCUCCCAUCCAUGGGUGGGGCUGGACUUCCACACUGGGUUUGUGUGGAUGUGCCAAGAGUAUGAAGCCACAGGUCAUCAUAUGGGUAUCCGGAAACUUUGGGAAUAUAUUUUGAAACAAAGUUCAGGCCUCAGGCAGGCCAUUCUGGCAUUAUUCCCCAGAUUCCCUCCGUGGAUAUGUGUUAACUUUCCAUUUCUAUUGAGGGUAUUGGUAGAAAGAUUCGGGAAGCGUUAUAUGAGGUGGGCAGUUGUACUCUGUCCUGUAGGGUGGCGGUGAGUCCGAAUCAACAGCAAUGGGUUUGUAUAAGAUGAAGACCAAGGGCUUCAGGGCUUAAGACUUAGUUAGCUGAUGUGUUAGUUCCCUAUUGCUGCCAUAACAAAUUAGCACAAACUUAAUGGCUUAAAACAACAGAGCUUUAUUCUCUGACAGUUCCGAUGACCAGAAGUCUAAAAGGUCCCCAGGGCUGCGUUCCCUCUGGAGGGUCUGAGGGGAGAAUGCAUUUCCUUACCUUAAAUUCAGCUUCUGGUGGCUGCCUGGAUUCCUUGACUAUGGCGCCUUCAUCUUCAAAGCACAUUACUCACUCCGAUUUCUGCUUCUGUCAUCACAUCUUCCUGUCUCCCUCUUAUAAGGGCACUUGUGAUUGUAUUUGGGCCUACCGGGUAAUCCAGGACAAUCUCCCCACCUCGAAAUCCUUUACUUUGUCAUAUCUGCAGUCUCUCUGACCAUAUAAGGUAACAGCCACAGGUCCCAGGAUUAGUGCCUGGAUGUCUUUGGGACCAUUUUUCAGCCUACCACAGCUGGGCUCCCAGGCAUGGAGCAGCACCUUGGCAGUCACUCAUUAGGCUUAAAUUCAGUGCUCUCCUCUUUAAAAUAAAGAUAUACCUAUCUUACAGAGAGUUGUAUUAAGAUCAGCCAGUUCCUGGUCCCAUUGUCAGAGACCUGGGGGGCAAGUAAUGCACAACUGGUUCUCUUCAGUCUAGGUAGGUGUUGGAGUCAUAGACUUCGGCCCUCUUACCCUCAAUAUGUCAAGGCACAAAAGUAAGACUUUCUACUCUUAUUGAGAAACUGCAACCAAAGGCCCCAAAGCGGCAUUUAUUCAAGUUUCUGUUACCCAAACCUGGGUGCCCUGAUCUAAAUACCCUAGCUCACAAGGCUAUUAGGUGUUGAGUGCCAGCAUUCUUUGGCUCAAGCAGAAGAGGAACCUGUAGCUUUGUUGCAAAUCCCCUGGCUGUCUAAGACAGUGGCUUUCCUGGUACACUGAUCCUCAGUACUGAGUGGCCUGAAGGCAACAAAGGAGUUAGGAAGUAGCUCAGGCUUCCAGCUGUUAGGAUGACAUGGGACUUCUGGCCCACCUUCAUUGAAAAACCACUGGCCAAUAAGCCAGUUAAUCACUCUAGCAAGUAACCCCUGUCUUGGUAGGGAAACAAAGUCAGGAACUAUUUACUACUUUUAAACUUUGUUUUUAAAACCAUUCCCUGUGCAUAUCUUCUCCCCCUGCCCCCCCGCCCCCAAAGAUUUUUGCAAAGACAUGGAGAAGUCUACAUGGAGAGCUAGGCCUGGGCUCUGACACCAGCUCAAGAUCUCGGAUGGAUCUUUGUUCUCUCUGUUUAAGGAAAAUGAUGAACAAGUACAGUUUUUAAACUUUUUAGCAAGGAAAUACUUUUUUAAUCCCUUUCUUCCACUCUUACUCCAAAUCUUAACAUAAGGAAGACAGAACUUUGGUUCCAGUGUGCGGGUCAUCCCUCCACCCCCUCCUGAGGCAGUUCUAGGGCUCCUCAGAGCAUCCCAGAAGCACCCUAUAUGGCUUUUUUAAGUCUGUCACUGGAUUCUGUAAAAAGAAUCUGAUAAGCCAAGAAUGUUGAAGGAAACAUGCAAAGUAGAUUUAAAUUGUUGGAGGGCCCUCUUGUGCAUGGUUUGGCCACAUCUCUAAACCAGGACACUUUUGAGAGAGAAAGGGGGUUCUAUUAAGAUACAACAACAGGUGUGAACAGUCUGGAGCAAGCUGGCACAUGUCACCCUAGCUGCCAGUGAACUCGCUGCCCAGGUUCCCUCAGCAUCACAGUCAGCUCUGCUUCUAUGCGGGAUGUCAGGCCAGGGAAGAGAGAGUGAGCCCCAAAGCUGCAAACAGUUAAUGCUUGUGUACAAACAAUUCUCAAAAACCUUCCAGAGUCAAAAGCCAUUUGUUCUGUGUAGAAGACCCAUAGUUGUUGUGUGCCAUCAAGUUGAUUCCAACUUACAGCAACCCUACAGGACAGAACUGCCCCAUACGGUUUCCAAGGCUGUAGUCUUUACAGCAGCAGACUGCCACAUCUUUCUCCCACAGAGCUGCUGGUGGGCUUGAACCGCCAACCCUUCAGUUAGCAGCAUAGCACUUACUGUGCCACCAGGGUCCCUGAGCCAUUGUAGAGACUGUAUUCAUUCACUUUUAUAGCAAGCGACUUUGGUAGGCCAGUCAAUCUAGAUGUGAAUCAAGAGAAUGAUCACAUUUCCUAUAUGAUCUAGAAAAAACCAUUGAUUCUUUGAUAUUUAGUGCAGUUUGUGGGAAAAGAUCCAGGGUUCCAACCCAGUCUCCACUAGGUGUUCUAUGCUUGAGUGUUCUCCACACUUAUGCAAGUACCUGAGGCAAAAUGCCCCACCUAAAAUUACUCCAUCAGUGCUCAUCCAUCUUUGAGUUCUUCAUACAUUCGGAUGGAAAUUUUUUCCUUGAACAAGAGGGAGCAAUACCUGUUCCUUCCCACAGGCCCCAACCAUAAAGUGCAUUACUCUAAAUGCAUGCAGUGUAGCUACUUAUGGAGAGGCUUCUGGAACUCAGAUUUUACUCGUGUUCAAUUCUUGGUGUAAUUCUUCAAAACGAGGCUUUUAUUCUCUGUAGGAUUGAAAGGAGUUCCCGGGUGGCACCAACGGCUAAACACUUGACUAGUGGAAAGGUUGGUUCAAAUCCAUCCAGAGGCACCUCAGGAGACUGGCCUGGUGAUCUGCUUCCGAAAGGUCGCAGCCUUGAAAACCGGAACAAAAAAAAAAACCAAACACACUGCCAUCAAGUUGGUUCUGACUCAUAGUGACCCGACAGAAGAGAGUAGAAGUGCCUCAAAGGGUUUCCAAGGAGUGGCUGGUGGAUUCGAACUGCCAGCCUUUUGGUUUAGCAGGUGAACUCUUAACCACUCCACCACCAGGGCUCCUAUGGAGCAGUUCUACUCUGCACACAUGGAGUUGGUGUAAGAAUCGACUCAAAGGCAACCAACAACAGGAUUUAAGGGCCAUUUAUGUUCGUGGUGUUACUGGAAGAUAAGAGGGGUUGCCCCUAGCCUUGGACUGCAUGGCAACAGUGGAGAGGACCCGUAUACCGGGACUGAGCAAUGGUGUGACUGAUGUAAAGGCGGAAGUGGCCGUGGCGGGAAAAGUGUAUGGACUUUGAAGCAUGACCUCUAUUUGAAUCCAGCUCUGCCAUUAACUUUGUGACCUCAGGGUGAUUUGGGUGUCUGAUCCAAUGGUAGGUGCUUUUAAGAGACUGUUUUUUAAAUACGUGACAUAGGCAGCUUGAGAGAUGAUCUUGGUUUUUGUGACAACAAACAAGCCAGAAAAUAAAAUGUGGUCAAGUCUAAUUCCUAGUUCAGCUACGUGGGUCUAGGCAUGCCCUCUGCCAAGCCUCAGCCACACGUCCAGUCCUGCAGCAUCAGUCACUGGCGAGGUAUUUAAAAUACAGUAAAAUGCACCAGCUGCACCCACGCACAGGAAGCAGCUAGACACAGAGAGGGUGUCGACACACGUGGCAGCACUGACUCACACACAGAGCACGUGGAAACUGGAGAGCUUUUUAUUGGUUACACAUUGUGCUGCAGAGCCAACAGAGGCAGGAGCGCCAGAGGAUACAUGCAGACAGGCAGCUUCAACUCUACACAUGCACCCAAGGAGCCCUGAGUCACUGCUCCUGGCUUUGCCCCGGUUUCCAGGGCCAGGCUCUGGCCUCCUUGGUCCCAUGCUUGGAGCAGGAAUGGAGGAGAAGCUGCUGCACCUGGACUCCAAGGGGGCAGGGGUGAGACCGAGCACCUGCCUGAGCAAGUAGGUGUGGACAGAGAGAGACUGAUGCCCCAGCAAAGGGGCCGAUAAUGCAAUAACAGUUUGAGGGCUACCUCCCUAGCCCUCCCAAUCUUUAAAAUACAAAAAAAUAGACUUUAUUCUCUUAAAAAUACAUUCCAUUCAAUACAUGUUCUGAGCUGUGAAGCAGCAGGAAAAUAAGGGCCCCUUUCCUAUGAUCUUGGUUGUGAGGCUCUGAGGAGAACCCUGUUCCCCACCCUGGGGUGUUCAAAGGAUAAUUCCUAAAAGCAGCUCUUCGAAAGCAGUCCUGUCGGGGUAACAAAAAAACCCACCCCAGCAAAGACAGCCGGGAACCCAGCCUCUGGGUCCCUAGUCCUUUACUGGGAAAUGGUAGCACUUGGCACUGAUGCAUUAAAUAUAAAGAACUAAAACUGCCCCAGGACGACAAGUCCAAGACCAAUAUAGGCCCCACACCCCAUGGGAGGGGAUGAUUUAUGUGCAAGCUUGCCUGCAGCCAAAGUUGGUGGUUCUUGGCCUCACUGCAAAGCCCUUUAACCCACACGAUAGCUGUUUCAUCACCACUCAAACAAAAACAGCCACAGCUUCUUUGUCCAUCACCCCUGCAGCUUUCUCUGGUUGUUUUCAGUAUCAGAGUGGAGAGAGACAGGCAGCAGCAGAUGGAAGAGACCAGCUCCCAGCAUUCAGCCAACUCCAUGUCCACCAACCCAGCAGCUCUGUAACGCUAGGUUCCCCAACUCACCAGAAGCCUUCCCACGACCGCACACCUGUCUGUGAAUUCAGAGUCAGGCUGCAAGAGACUUGUCAUCAAAGUGGGUUUGUUGGCUGUAACAGCGGACAUAUUUGGCUUGAUUAAGACAACUAUUCAUCUACCAGGUCUCUCUAUUUGGAGGUUUCCUCCAGGGCCCCUGAUGGUGAGGCCUGGGUCCAAACAGUCACACCUUGGUUGCUUUUCAGACAUGUGCCUUCUAACUUUGGAAUCUGAGAGCCAGCCUGGCCAGCCAGCCAUGUGAAGCCCAGAGGAACUAAGCCUCCAGCCUUCACUUGCUGUUACAAAUGGUAUUUUCUGCAAUGCUGAGAACAUUUAAAAAUAAAAUCUAUUUUACAGCGGUUCUAGAAAGUGUGCAGAUUAAGGAAACAAAUACUUAUCCUGAAGUAAUGGUUACAAUCAAACUCUAUUGCACUCAGAUUUCAAGAUGGCAGCCCCAGCAGGAGGGUACCACAGCUGUCUCUCUUCCACAGAGCACUGUGGGUAGUGGCAGACAUUGGUGCUCCUGAAACGAGGAAAGAUCCAGACUUUGGCACCAGGAGCUACAGCACCAGAAUCCAGGGCUCCAAGGCCCAAAGACGGUAAUUAUUGGUGAGAUCUUUCGGGGCAUGGCUUGGCGCCCUUCCAUUUCCACCACCAAAGAAGAGCCAAACACUUGGAUUCCUAUAUCCUCAGCUGACCACCUCAGAGGUCAGUUUCCACUGGACCCUCAGGGUUGCCAACCAGUGAAGGAGAAUGGCAAGGAGGCUGCAACCCUGAGCCUGUUAGUUUCUGGCCAGUGACCCAGGUCAGAAGCAGCAGGAAAAGAUCUUGAAAACAGCAUCUUAAGUUGAGCAUUUGAGGCAGGGAUGUGGAGAGGAAAGGCGAGCACAUGACGAUGCCCUUAGAUCAGCAAAUCUCAAAGGGAAGUAUGAGCAAGGCAUUCCUGUUCCCUGAAGGCAGGCAGGUACUGCUCAUGCCUCCUAUGGGAUUGCACAAGCUAAUGCAAAUGAAGGCUGGUUGGGUGCUGGGCCCACACUGACUGGAGGCAGAGAUGACAAGAGGCCGACCGCUUGCCAGGCAACUCACAGGGGAGGCACAGGAACCGGGGACACAGCCUGUCAGGGGAGGCACAGGAACCAGAGACACAGCCUGUCAUAGGGCAGGCACAGGAACCGGAGACACACAGCCUGUCAUAGAGGAGGCACAGGAACAGGGUAUACACAGCCUGUGUUAUGGAAAGCACCCUGGCCUAAGGGCCAAGAAGCACUGCAUGGCAUUGGGCAAAGUUAGUGUCACAGAGCGCCUCAGAGGCCAUCUACGCUAACCCCUUCAUUUCACAGACUGGGAAACUGAGGCCAAGGGAGCUUCUCUGAGCUCAUCCCCAUGGGAUUAAAACCUGGGACAACUGGAAAGAGUAAGGCCCAGAAAAACGAUGGAAGGGGUUGGAGGGGAGACACCUUCCAAAAGCAAGAAUUAUUCCACACGGGACAGUGGAAAACAAGCCAUCUCAGAGUGCCCUUAGACAUCAUCCAUUUCAAAGAACUCAUUUUAUAGAUGGGGAAACUGAGACCCCCCCAAGAGGACAAUGACUUGCCCAAGGUCACAUGGCAAGAAAGUAGCAAAAACCAAAAAGCCACAAAGAAAACCCAGGCUUCCUGACUCCUAAUCUAAUGCUCUUUUCUUCCACUAUGAAGGCAACAGUGCCUGCUUCAUGAAGGCAGCCUUUGAAGGGGGAUCCUUCUUUGAACUGAGAAAAUGCUACAGAAAAAGCAGCCAAGAAUAGAUGGUUCUUUUUAACUUCUCCGUGUGACUGGUAUAAUAAGGAAACAAAAUCAAGUUUUAUUCACAUGGCUUUUGGAAAGGUUUGCUGCAUAUUGCAUCGUGCAGACCUGGGGCCCUCAGUGGGAACAUAUCAGCUUGCCUCCAAUGCAGCUGUCAUCCUGAGCCAACUUGGAGAGACCAUGGGUCCACUUCUGUAGGAAUGCAUCAGCUUGGUAAAGUGCAAUACCUCCUCUUGGGGGGAUAAAGGAGGAGGAACAGGAGGGAGCGUUCUCAUAGUCCAUGGACCUCUUCCUCGCAGAGGGACUAAAGGGAAAUUGCUUCUUCCUGCUUUUCCCCUUGCUGGGAACUUCCUAGAAGGCAGAGUGUUCGGUGAGGCCCAGCUUAGUCUGGGGAUAUUCCAAGGUGGAAACGAUGAACUUGGCCUGAAGUCUCCAGCCACAGGAGACAGCAGGCAAUGCCAGCAGCAAUAUUGGUGCCCAGGGGGAGGGAUGCACCGGGCUUGUGCAUGUCUGGGUGCCUUUGGAAAGUGAGCAGAGAGGGCCGGGGUGGAGAGAUGGAUGUAAUUCCAGUGGGAACCCACAUGCUCUGCCCCCCAAGGAACAGUGCUCAGCCAGGGGGCCAGGCCAGAGGAACUUAACUCUCAAGGAUAGUCCCAGAUCCCUUAGAGGCAGCACAGACCUCUCUGCUUUAAAAGUCUAAGGGAAAGAACUCCAAGGGGGAAAGCAAUGGAAGCCCCAAACGGGGCUUAUGGCUGGUAGGUAGUGGACACUUAGGCCCUUACGGCAAACAAGGAGUGAACGGGAUGCUGUGAAGAGGCUGAGAAAUAGAACAUUAACUACACAGAAAACAGUUGCCCUUCGAGGCAGAAACAAACCAGGGAGCAGAGAAGAGCUCUCAGCUGCUGUUGUGUGGCGGAUACAAAGAAUUUCUCUCUUUUCCCCAUCUGGGGGCUCGAGUGGUCCAUACUACCAGGGGGAGUGGAACGAGGAGCGAAGACUCAUGCAUCGGGGAGAGGCUGGCCUGGGUGGCUUUGUCCAGCUGUAGUCUCUGAUUCUCUCCGGCCAACUGGCAGAAACGGCCUGUGCCACGGGCUGGCUCUCUGCCACAGUCUCCCAGCCAAGGCCUUGCAUCUAGCCUGGGUAACUGGCCUUGGAUUCUUCAUGGGGCAGGAAGGUGUAAGAGUGAGAAGCAGGAGCAGAGGAGAGACAGCAGACCUCACCCAGCUGGCUCAGUUUUCCUCAGCGCAGGGCCUGGGUGGCCGUAACCGGUCCUCAGCCCAUACCCGCCCAGGCUCUGGCAGCCCCUGCUUUGCAGGCAAUUCAGACCGUUCCAGGGAGUUGUGCAGUCGCUUGUAGACACUGAGUGUGCAGUCUUCACUGUCCUCCUGUGCCAAUAAAUGACAACAGUGAGCUGUGGAGGACAGUAUGGUGAGGAACAAGACACUCCUGCCCCCACCCCAAUGGUACACUGCCCAAACAGACUAGAGCAUAACUGCAAAGAUAUGCUCUCACCUGAGCACAGGCCAAUUUAAAAGUUCCCUGGAAAUGAGGGGAGGCUGGGAGGCUCACAAAUGAACGGGUGCCGUACAGACGUCAGGGCCUGGGGUGGGCGAGUCGGGUGGCUGCCCUCUCUUCCCUGAGUUCUGUACAGGCAGGCGGCAUGCUUCUGUGUGUGAGAGCCGUUUCCUGGGCAGGGGCAGGGGAGUGUGCUGACACGGAAGCUAGACAGCUCUUUUUCUGCUCCGCCUAGAAACUACCAAGAAGCUCACAGACCCUCCCUUUCUUAUCCCAUGCCUGCACCUCACCCUGUAUCUGUUUCAGAUGUCCAAAGCUGCAGGAGCCUAAGUGCCCAUCUUUCUCCCCACUCCCCUUCCCCUAGAAUUCUACCUUUUUAAUUUCUCCUUGGUCCUUCCAAGCAAAGGCAGAUUGAGAAAUAACACAAGUAUGAGAAGGACAGGCGGGCAGGGUAGAAAGAGCAUGGGGUUUAAAGACAGGAGUCUUGGAUUCAAAUCCUAGCUCUUCCAGUACUUCAACUGGGUUAUCUUGACACUUGGUAUCUCUGACCUCAGUUUCUGUAUCUGAGAAAUGGGGAUAACACCUGCCCACAGGGCUGCUGAGAGGACCGAAUGAGAUGAUGGGUGGGGAUGUCAAGUGUUAAGCAUAGUGUAAGCUUAAACAACUCUUGAAAUUCACACACAGUCACCUUUUUAAAGAAGGGAGCAGUGUGUCUAGGUCCAAGAUGUCUCUUAUCAUCACAGGCUCCCUGUCUAAGAGACACCACACCCCAAGGAUUCUCCUUCAGAUGCUCUCUGACACUCUGGCCCUCAAGCUAAGGCAGAUUUAUCCUGUGAUGAGCUGUACUGACAGCCCUGCCCUGAGACUGGUGCUAUAACGGGCCAGACAGCUAGCUGUCUGGGGUGAGAGAAAGUGGCCCUCAGGACUAAAGCUUCUCAAGCACGCCCAGAGUAAGCCCUUGUUCUCCUCAUCCCCUGUGCCCGCAGCCUGCAGAGAUCUGCUCUAAACUGAGGCAGCCAAGGACCUGUCCACCUGGCUCCCACCUCUGAACCCUACACAAAGCGCACCAGACUUCCUACUUUCACUCAAAGCUGCCCAUCAGCUAUAGAUGGUCCCUAUGCUUCCUCUUCCAGGUGCUGCUCUGUGCUCCUUUGGCUACAGUGGCAAACCAAGAGGACAGAGGCCCUUACUCCUUUGGUGUGGCCUUCAUAUAUUGGGGCAGAAUGGGGGAGACAAAUGGCAAGUCAUGCUGCUCUCUGCCAAAUACCUUCUUCUAGUCAGGCCCAACCCACCUGAUUUUCAAGUUCUCUGAGCUACCUAGUUCUACCAAAUGUUUCCGGUUCCACAGUUUCCCAAUCCUGGGUCACACAGGCCAGAGCAGAGGGAAGCAAGGAGAAAGUGGAAGGAGAGGGGAAGGGAGAGCAGCAGAAAGGGGAUGGGGAGAAAGGGUCAGAAACGGGACUCACCAUGGCCACCGAGUGGUUCCAGACUGCCGCUGUGACAGUGUCUCCUGCCUGAUUCCGACGUGUGAGUACCUCAGACACGGUGAGGCUACUCUGGGUCCUUCUGGAGGACAGCUCAGGGCCAUCCCCUGAAUUUCCUCCCCUCCGGAUGCCCUGCUCAGAAAGAUACGACCGGGGCUGUUCAAGUUCUGAGAAGUCUGUGGAAGACCUCUGGGUGUAGGCAUUGAUCGAAUCCACAUUUUUACCUCUUCGAGUUGGGGGGUCAUCUAAAGAGUUCAAGUCUCGCCUAGUCUUCCAAGCGUUCCGCACAGUAACAUGUCUGGCAUCUGCGGAGGCCCCUUCUGAAGGGGCGUUAUGGCUUUUCCACCUGAUUGUCUCCGCGGGGUGUGUGUGGCUGUUCCUCUCCACAGGAUCCGAUGGCUUGAUGAUGAUGCUGCUCCGAGACACCACUGUUUCUGGCCUGCUCUUCAGGGGCCCUUCUCCCAUUCUUUCAGUCUCUGUGAGCUGCAGGGUGAUGUCGUGUUUGUGAAUGGAGAGCUCAAAGGGGGAGCCAAGAUGGUUGCUGACUGACAUGAGCUCCGGUGGCCCAACCUGGAUGUUGCUGGUGGACGUGUGCCUCUCCCUCAAGGCCUCACCUGGGGUGGCUCUAGGGCUGCUGCUGUCAGAGGGGUAGAUAGUAAUGCUGCUGGUCACUAUGUUUGGCCCCUGUUUGGAGGUGGAUUUCUGUUUCUCCAGAGCAGCCUCGGUUCCAGACCCUCCCAUGAUUUUUUUCACAUCCUUAUCAAUGAUGAUGGGUUUGAUAACGGCUCUGGACCGCAAGGCCUCUCUGGGACUAAAGGGCCUUUGGCUCUUUACCCCAGCACCAUUGGCAUCUGGGGGCUCCACAGCACUGGGGGAGGCUCUGGCAGGUUUCACAUAUUCACUUUCUGUUCCAGCAUCUUUAUCGUUCUCAAACAGAGAGGUUCUAAGACCCCCUCGGGGUUUGGCCUUUUCUCUAGAGUUGGGCUGUUGUUUGGGCUCUGGCUCUGGAGUGAUGGUUGUGUUUACCAACUUGGCGGUAACAAGAGAUGCUAGAUCCAAGUCAUCAUCUGAGUCUGGUUUCUCUCUGCCACUGGCUUUGAUCACUCGACACCUCAGGGCUUCAUGAUGACUGCUAUCUUCCAUCACAACUGCUACGGGUUGGUCAAUUCCUUCUUUACUUGGGGUUGAAAAGCCCUGAAGGAUGUUUUCUUGACUUCUGGAGCUAUAAGGAUACUUCGAUAAAACAGGAGCCUUGGAGUUUGGGGAACUGGGAUCAACCUCCUGGCCGCUGGCAGACUUUUUGCCCUUGGAGAGCCCCUCUGAGGAGGAUCUUCGCGUUGAGGCCAAUGCUCCAGUGGCCUUAGAACUACCAGAGUCUGCAGCCUGCAUUAUCUGACUUGCACUGCCAGGCACCUGCCCCCUCUUGCCAAAGAGGGCCUCAGAGGUGUCAGAAGCCUUAUCAGCUCUACCCACUGUGUCACUGGGAACAGAUCCAUGGGUGGUGUCACUAAAUGUUCUUGUUGUCUUCUCUACUUUUCCCUUCAAUCCACUCUCAGUGCCCGGCUUGGGAGCUCCCUUCCAAACUUUAUUGUGCUCCUGGGCAGCUGGGGGGUAGCGGCUCAGCACCGAUGGCUGCUCCCUAGACUUUUUCCCUUCACUCUGAGAGGACCCAGGUGCAGAUCGGUCAUCAGUUCUUUUUGUCUCCUGAGUCCCAUUGUCCGUACCUGCCCCCAUGUUGGAAGUUUUGGCUGCCCUCCUGGUGGUGAAACUGGGAGAGGACAUCUGCCUGCUGCUCAGAGAGUAGUUUUCAUUAUUGAAAGCAAACUCCCUAUUGCGGUGCCUUUCCCGCUUAUGCUGAGGGGACAGUUCCCGGGAUGGGUGCUUGGACACAGAUGCCUCACCUCCAUGGCCUCGAAGCUUAGUCCUCUCAUGCCUGCCUCUGCUGGAUAGAAAAGCAUCUAUCCCUUCUACUUCUCCAUUUUCUAACUCUUUCUGUUUCUUGAUUUGUAGCUUUAUCUCCUCCAGCUGGCUGGCUAAGAGUUUGUUUUUAUUUUGUUCACUUAGGUAAUUAUCCUGAAGGUCAUUAUUUUUGGCCCUCAUUUUCUUAAGCUCUUCUUCCAAAGAUUCAAAAUGUUUGAUCUGUGUUUUAAGUUUCUCAAUCUCUUGGUUAAGGUCUUUGACUUUGUUGUCUUCCUGAUUUCGGUUUUUUUCAUUUUCUGAUUUGUUUCUUGUUUCAUUCUCUCCCUGCUUCAGAUAGUCCAGACUGCCCUUCCUUCUUGAUUCCUUGGACGGCAGCGUGGAAGAGAUACCAUCCUCAAUCCGUAGGUCAUUAGAAGCAUUCCUUGUAUGAUCUCGGUUCAUUUUUUUGUUCUGCUCCAGUUUCUGAGUGAGCUCCUUUAUUAAUUUCUCGUUUUCUUUCUCCUUUUCACUCAAGUAUUUUCUCUCACUUACGAAGCUCAGAGUUAAUGAUUUCAGCUUUUCUAACUCUGACACUAAGCUCUGCUCAGUUUUAUCCAGGCGGUCCUCGGAAGAUUCCAGUUCUUUCACUUUGACCCUGAGCAUUUCCAGCUCUGAGGAGAUUUUCUUGGUCAGGUUUCUCUCCUCAUUCAGGCUCAAACAAAGCUGGGUGCAGUCAUUCUUACUCCUGCUGAAGGCCUCCUCUAGCUUCUCCAGUUCUGCCAUUCGUUUCUGAAGCCGCUCAAUCUCAGAUUUCAGCUCCCGGGUGAGGUUUUCCUCCUCUUCAAGUUUCUCCUUCAUCAGCUGGCACAGAUCCUCUGCUCUCUUAAUUUCUUCAUCUUUGCCCUCAAUUCUCAGCACCCGCUGACGCAGCACUUCGAUCUCAGCCAGCAUGCUGGAGUUGCUGCCUUCUGCCUGAAUCACUUUGUCCUGGAGAUCCAGGAGCUCAUCUUCUGCUUUCUGAAGGUUUUUUGUGGCUUCCUCCAACUCAUCAAGGCGCCGGCUUAGACUCUGUAACUUAAACCGCAGGAGGCGGCUGGAGGCCGUUUCCUUGUAGCUUGUAAAUUCAGCCAUGUCUACUGCCAGCCAGUAUGGGCUCCUAGAGGCAUCCAAUUCCACUCAAGGGGAUGGGAGAUGGUUACCUUUCUCUUGGCAUCCACAACCUUCUUCGGCAGCUGGAGAUCAUUAUCAGUCUACAGAAAGAAAGCAGAAAGCUGUCACUCCCCAAAUCUGAAGCCUGCACUUCAGCUCCCAUUUGUAAUCCCUGUGCCUAGAACACAGCAGGGGCUGAAAAUGGUUGAAAGAAUAACUUUGAAUAAUCUUGCAAGAAAACACUGGUACUUUUUGGUCAAUACUGAGCUGAUACCUAGUUUCACACUAAUGAAGAAUGCCACCAGGGACAGCAUGGCAAAAAAAAAAACCCUUGCCUCAUUUCUCAUGGCAGGACAUAAGAAAACUUUUGCCAUGUCACCUUAUAACCUCAGGGGAGUCAUUAACCUUUCUACCAGUCACUAACUAAAUAAAAUGAGCCUCAGUUUUACUUAGUUGUAAAAUGGGGAUAAUGAUGCCUACCAUAUCUCUCCUCAAUGUUGUUCUAAGAUAAUGCAAGGAAAGUUGCAUAAAUGGUGAAGCGCUAAUCAAUCCUAAGAUUAUUAUAAAGGAAAAAGUUAUAACAAUGAGUAACCUAAAAGCGAUAUAAAUUAAUCCUUCAGUCUUGCUAUAUAAACGGUAAACUUCACAGCGUACUAAAACAAUUUUCCCAUGACUGUUUUCAACAUUUCUCCUCUUCCAAAAGUGUGGGGAUAUUUAAAAGCGCAACUCAGGUACGACUUAGAUGCUCCGAGCAGCCAGCAGGCAGCUUCUAUGAAAUCUACCCUUUGGCAUUGUAACAGAAAUGCUCCAGACAUACAGGUCCAUUCUGCCACUUCCUCACAAACGCUGUAAGCUAUGAUUCGUAACGGAAGAAUGGUCUGUUUCUUUGGACACCAUUUCUUUGGGGUAUACACCAAACACAGCAUAGGUUACUCCAGGGGAAAGAAAAGGGGAAAGGCAAAGUAGAUUUUAGUUUUGUUUUGCAUGUAAUUUCUUAAAUAGAAGAAUGGAUUUUAGUUUUGUUUUGCAUGUAAUUUCUUAAAUAGAAGAAUGGACUCAUAUACGUAUUCUUCAAUAAUUUAACAAAAGGGGAAAAACCAUAGAGGUGGGGAAUUGGAAAUGAGACCUCCUCCCCAAUCUAAAGCUAGGACCAUUGCAGCUUCAGGGAAAGGGCCAACUAGUGGGAAAAAAAACCCAACUCACUGACAUAGGAAAGUAAUAGGACCUGGGUUCUUUUAUGGGGGAAAGGAAGGAGUAUCCCUUGAGAUUUUAUAAUCUUGGGUCUGCCCUCACUUGAGUUCAUAGUUCAAAUUUAAACUACAUGACUCUUCUGGGAUCAAGCUGUCCUCACUGAGAAACUAGCAUAUAAAAUGAUAUCACACCCUGAUAAUAUCCCUAGGAAACCUGACACAGAGGCAAAACAUACUCUGGAGGGACAUACUCUCCACUGAGGUCACACAGGACUCCCACACAUAACGCCCUGCUGGACCUGAUGUUCACAAUUCCAAAUUACGUAACACAUAAGGAUCAGUCUUUUACUGUGACUGAGCAAAGCAAGACUGCACCAAUAAGAACCAAAGUUAAAGAUAGUGACUAGAGACAAUAAAAUAAAUACAUUCCAAUGUUUAAAGUCAUAAAAGGAGGAGUCAGAAACAAGCAACAGGAACAAGAUGAGAAUAUUUAAAAAUUAACCAAAUAGAACAGCCAGAAAUGGAAAGAAACAGCACAUCAAAUGCAAAUGGAGUAGUCAAGAAGACAUUUUUUUAAAAAGUUACAAAAGGCAGCACAGAGUUUAAAAGAUGAGGAAAAAACAAGAGGCUAAUAGGAGGAAUAAGAUAAAGUGGUCCAAAAUGAGGAAACCUAUGAGGCAGUCCAAAAAGAAUAGAGAGAAUAGAGGAGAGACAAUUUUGAACAGACACUGGCUAAAAAAUUUCUAGAGCUGAUGAGAGAUAUGGAAACUCUGCUCAAGAAGCAAAGUCCAAAGCAGGAUAAAAAUUAGAUCUGCACCUAGACACAUAAGGAUACAGAAGACCACCACAGAGAGAAAAUCUUACCAAAGCAACAGAAGGGGAAAAAAAAGACAAAUGUCCUGUGAAGAAAGAACUGAACUAGCUUCUCAGCAACUUUUAAGUAGAUGUCAAGUAGAAGACGAAAGACACAGUAAUAUCUUUAAAGUUCUAAAAGAAAGUUAACUGUAAACCUAGAAAUAUAUACCCACAGAGUAGAACUGCCCCAUAGAGUUUCCAAGGAGCGCCUGGCGGAUUCGAACUGCCGACCCUUUGCUUAGCACCCGUAGCACUAAACUAUGCUAAACCAGCUAAACUAUGAAAGUAAUAUUAGAGAUACAAUCAGAAAAAAAAAAAAAACC